UCACUGAAAUUAAGACUGCCUUUUAUUACCAUUUAAAAUUCUGACGAAGAAAUCGCAAUGAAAUACAUGUUUUCUUUAUUUUUCUUCGGUUUAUUACUCUUACAGAAAAAACAUGUUUUAGGAAAGAAAACUGAAUAUGACCAAGUUUGGGAAUUUGGGGCUGAUAAUCCGAAAAGUUACGAAAUUCUGGAACUACAAGGUCUUAUGGAGAACUGGCGUAAGGGAGAAACUUUCUCUGUGGAGGUGUCUAAAUGUGUAGAAAUAGUUUACAACAAAGUGGAACUUUACAAUCCUGUUGCGAAACCAAUAGUCGAAUCAACUCUUAACAAUGUUACCAUAUUUUUUGAAGAGAAAGACUUCAGCAGAUCUAUGUACAAGAUCAUUUUCAAAGCGAACAGGAUUUGCAAGAACAUACCGUUGUUAUGGGGAUAAAUUUAUAAAGAUGUAACAAUUACAGUUUAAA